GUUUGCGCGGGGAGCGUGGGGAAAGGAGGCAGGAGUAGGAGAGAGAGAAGGGGAGCGACGUAGGCAAGAGAGAGCACCCGGACUUUCAGGGGACUGGAGGGCCAAAUGGUGGGAGCGGGAGGCGGUGCGGCUGUUCUGCUUAUAGUUGGUGCUUUUGCUGCGAGGGGCGAAGCUGCGUGGGAGAGGGGAUCGCAGGUGCCUAGAGGCUGUGUGUGGGGAGAGGGUUUGUGUGGGGAACGAGUUGGGUACGCACUCAGGAAGGGUGGGCCCCCGUCUAACCCUGCUGAGAGUCCGGGCAGCGGGCGGAGAGCGUGCAGGCCUGCAGAGCUGUGAGCAGAGGGGCAGGGAAUGGGCAGGGCAAUCCAGAUGAAAGACAGGACUUGAUGAAUCCACUUCUAGCCCGGUAAAACAUGGAGAGGAAAAACCCACCCAGAGAGAGCCCCAGAAGACUCUCGGCCAAACUGGGCAAAGGCACAGAGAUGAAGAAAGUGGCUCGUCAGCACGGCAUGGCAGCUGCUGAGUCAGAUAAGGACUCUGGAUUUUCAGAUGGGAGCUCAGAAUGUCUGAGCUCGGCAGAGCAGAUGGAAUCCGAGGACAUGCUGAGCGCCUUAGGCUGGGGCCGGGAAGACAGGCCAAGGCAGAACUCCAAGACUGCAGGCAGUGCCUUCCCUGCACUGUCCCCGAUGGUUGUCAUGAAGAACGUGCUGGUCAAACAGGGCGGCAGCUCGUCCCAGCUCCAGUCGUGGACCGUCCAGCCCUCCUUCGAAGUGAUCUCGGCUCAGCCACAGCUGCUGUUCCUCCAUCCGCCCGCGCCCGCUCCCGUCAGCCCAUGUCACGCCGGCGAGAAAAAGUCGGACUCCAGGAACUACUUGCCCAUUCUAAAUUCUUACACCAAAAUAGCCCCCCACCCGGGCAAAAGGGGCCUUUCCCUCAGCCCGGAAGAAAGAAGGGAAAACGGGGUGCAGAAGAAAGUCUGCACGGAGAGACUUGGGCCGAGCUUGUCUUCCAGUGAGCCCACCAAGCCUGGUGCCGCGCCACCCGGGCCCCCCGCGCCGGCACCCCCAGAUGCCAAGCUCGCCGCAGACUCUGCCCCGCAGGGUGUGCCCUCCCUGGUGGCAGGCGGGAGCCCACAGACUCUUCAGCCCGUGUCCAGCAGCCACGUGGCCAAAGCCCCCAGCCUGACCUUUGCCUCCCCCGCCAGCCCCGUCUGCGCGUCAGACAGCACUCUGCAUGGCCUGGAGAGCAGCUCCCCGCUGUCGCCGCUGUCAGCCAGCUACGGCUCGCCUCUGUGGGCCGCGGAGCACCUGUGCCGCAGCCCCGACCUCUUCGCGGAGCAGCGGCGGAGCAAGCACAGGCGCUUCCAGAAUACCCUGGUGGUCCUGCACAAGUCCGGUCUGCUGGAGAUCACUCUGAAAACCAAGGAGUUGAUUCGUCAGAACCAGGCGACUCAGGCGGAGCUAGACCAGCUGAAGGAGCAGACCCAGCUGUUUAUAGAGGCCACCAAGAGCAGGGCUCCUCAGGCCUGGGCCAAGCUGCAGGCAUCGUUAACAUCGGGCUCUAGUCGUGCCGGCAGCGACCCAGAAGCGUUCUCUGACCACCCAGACAUGUAACACAGGAGGCGUAUUUCCCUGUUACUUGAGCGGUUCUUUUUAACUCUUGCGGUUUCUACUCCUGUUUCCCAGAGCUUAUGUAAGAGCUUUUCCUUCUAAACUUAAACCGUUUGGCAGUUCACUUACGAAGCCACAUGCCAGGACCUCGCUGUCUUAACCUGUGGUCUGUGCACAGUUCACACACGUCUCCCUUCUUCUGAGGACCUCAGAUGCGGAGUGUCCUCAAGUCCCCCUUAACUUAGCCUGCAGGCUGGUAGAUGGGUCACGGGGCAAAGCAGGCGAGCUGGUUGUGUGGGGCUCUUCUGGCUGCCACCUCCCACCAUCCCACUCACUCACUGUGAUCAAGGGCACAGUGACAGGGAUGAGUCCACAGAGUGACAUCUGUCAAAACAGGGAGUAGGUGACAUAAGGAUCCCUUUGUGGAUCUCCUCAUGGAUAUCUUAUGCACAGAGAAAAAUACGAGGUGUGCUCAUGUUCCACGAGGCAUCGUGCCAUUUGGGUGAAAACUAAAAUGCCAUGGGCACAGGAUGGGCCGAGGAUGUAGGCGCUUAAUCAUGUGAAGCUUUGUCUUCCUCAACUGGAAAGUCAAGGGGAGAGAAGGGUAGCACCAUUGAACUCUUACACUUUAGUUCCAAGCCAGAUUUCUCUUCACUUAAACUGGUAGGCAAAAUACUUCAGAUUUUUAAAGUAUGGAAUAGAUUCGGUACCAUCUGGAAUUAUAAUUGCUGAAUUGCUUUUUUUUUUCUUUCUUUUUUUUUUUUUUUUUUUUUUGACUUAGACUCUGAAGAAAGUAGACAUGGCCAGCAUCUCUUGAUUGGGAGCUGGAAGAUUCUGGAAAUUUGUGCUUCCCCCACCCCCUCUUUUGAAACAGUGCAACCUGUUGUAUGUAUGAAAAUCUCCAAGGUAGCUUUGUGGUUCCUAAGAAUGGAUGUAAGUUAACCCCUCUGCUGCCACUUUUUUUUUUUCCUUUUGUUUUUGUCAAACAGGAAAGAAAUGAUUACCGAGCUUGGUAAACUUUGAAUUAAAACCAUCCUGAGGUCAUGACACAGAAGUCCCCAAAAUAUUGGAGACCAUUCUUCGUACCGAUUUUAUUUUCAUACCCAAAGUUUUCGUUUGUCGCCUGUCACAGUGACAUGGAGCGAUGUGGGGCGGAGUCUUCUGUGUUGCCUACAUGCAUUAGAUAUCGGCAGCAAAGCCAGAGGUGUGGUGUUGGUUAUUUGAAGUUCAUCUAGAAAUGGAGGGUGUGAUAAGAAUUUCCAGAUGAUCCCGAUUCUUUCGGCUUCGUGCUAAAGGUAAAUGGGAUUUCUAAGUAGUAGCAUUUCAGACUUUUUAUCCUUUCAUCUAAAAAUGUUGAAAAAUCUUGAAAUUUUGAAAUUUCAAAUCUUGAAAUUUGAAAUGUUGAAAAAUCAUCUUGAAAAAUCUAUGUACAAAUUAUCUUAAGAAGAAGUUCUGUAUGACCAGCUUCGUCUUUUCUGCACCAAAAUGUUCUUGAAGUUUUACCAAGGCCAGAAGCUAAUGCUCAGAUUUACCUGGUAGUUGUUAACUGUAACAUAGUUUUGAAAUGACAAGACUUCAGAUUGCCCACACUUUGUUGUCCACCAUGUAUGAUUUACAUACGGCUGACCAAUUUAGAAAUAGCUUGGUAAAAUCUCUACACUCUCCUGAUCCAGUGCAGAAUUACUACCUGCCAUUUACUUUCUGAAAAAGAGUUUCAAAAUCCCAGCAAAUGUGUCUUUAAGCAGACCCUCGGCUCCUUUGAAUAUUCUCCUCUUGGCCCACUCCCUUUGCCUCCCCUGAAUCUGUGCUGCUACGACAGCCCUGCUCUGCGCACCAUGCUAGGAAGCUUCCUUUUUGGCAGAAUAUGUUGGCAGCAAAGCUAGAGAGACAGGUGGAUUCAGAAAAGCCUGGGCACCAGUCAUGAGUCUUACUGAGUGUCAAAAAUCUGAACAUACUUGCUGAGAACCAAAUUUAUUCCGUCAGAAAAACCCUCUGUGGAGCUAUAAGCCUCUUGGACUCUUCUUCCUAGAUCAGGGUUUGCAUUUCCCUUCCUGUUAUGGUAAAAGAUGAUGAGAGCCAUCAUCGAUCUGCACAGCUGAGUGGCAGGGCGAAGCAGCACCUCCCCGGCUCUUCUCUGAUCGUGUGACUUAGUGUUGGAAGUCGCUCUAGGCUGUUAGCAUGGGUGUUCCUUCCCUCGUGGAGCUGUAAGCAGAUGAAGCCAAAUAGGGAAGCUAGUUCUUGGAAGAAGAAGUCCGUUGAGGCUCCCAGACGUUUGGGGCCAGAAGCCAGAUCGGCAAAUGGAGGAACCUCGGAGUAGACCAGAAAGAUCUCCAUUGGUUGCACACGGCUGUAAGUAGGAAUGGUCUUAGAGAGCAUGCUUUGAUCUGGUAUGAACUACUGUGGCAGGGCUGCUGGCUUCUGAAGGCGAGAAGCAAUUCUUAGUUCAGACCAACCCUUAAAGAGAACUUUUGGCAGAUUUUUUGGCCGUGUUGAAACACAUCUAGAAAAAGCUGCUGGUUGAAUUGGCUAUGGGAAUGGAGUUUAAUAACAUUUGUAAUUUAUUACAGUCGUUGCUUUUUAUUGAUUAUAGUAUUGUCUGACUUUACUAUGAGUCCUUCAACAGAAAAGUAACCCUUGUGCAUAUAUUGAAGUGUUUUUCCUGCUAUGAAUUCUUUAGGGUAGAGAUUUACUUACCAAAUGUGAAUUCUUUUGAGGAGGUAUGAAGUUUUGUAGAAAUCGACUGUGAAAUGUCAGAGAAAAAUAAAAGUCACUUACUUGAAAACUA